AUGGCGACCUCCACGGCGCUUCGCGCGCGCGACACCGCGCGCGCGGACGGGCGCGCGGGACGACGACGGACGCGCGCGAGAGCGGCGGCGAGCGAGCGAGCGACCGCGUCGACGCUGGGAGGUGCGAGCACGGACGAGAGAGCGCGGCGGACGCGACGACGCGGACGCGAUGACGACCGACGCCGAGGGGCGCGGACUGACGGUGAGCGUGUUUUCUUCCGCGCGAUAGGGUCGGGAGAUCGACCGACGGCGGUGUGCCUGGGGAAGUUUGACGCGAUGCACCGAGGACACUUUGCCCUGGCGGAGGCGGCGGCGGCGCGCGGGGAGGUCGUCUUGGUCUCGUUCGCGGGCAUGGCGGAGACUUUGGGGUGGGAAUCACGGCUGCCCAUCACGGCGCCGAGCGAUCGAACGCGAGUGUUGAGAAAGUGGAGCGAGAAGAUGGGCGGCACGCCUGUUCGAGAGCACUCGAUGGCGUUCAAGGAUGUGCGCGAGCUCUCUCCGGACGCCUUCGUGGAAAUGCUCGCGCGCAUGGGCGUCGGCGCGGUGGUCGCUGGAGAAAACUAUAAAUUCGGUUACAAGGCUGUAGGGGACUCAGCGGCGCUGAAACAGUUUGGAGAGGCGAACGGCAUGACUGUCGAUGUCGUGGACCUCGUCCCGGCGAACACUCGCUCGCGGUUGGGGUUGGGCGAUCAGGUCAGCAGCUCACGAGUCCGUCGCGCACUGCUCGACGGUAACAUUGAGGACGUGAACUGGCUACUCGAGCGAGAACAUAGACUGGUUUUGGAUGUGCAGGGUGAGAGGAUGCAGAACGCGCUUCGAGCCGCCGCAAGCGCCGACUCAGACGACGUCCUCAUCUCCCUCGACGCGGCGGAAAAUCAACCUCCGAACGAUGGCGCGUACACCGCGCGUGUGACUAUCGACCCUUCGAGCGACGAAGACGCCGAUGUGAACGCGAAGACGGUCGACGUCAAGGUGUCCUAUGGAAGGAUCGCCAUCCCGCGAGACGACCUCGGAAAACUCGUCUUCGCCCGCGAGCGCAUCACAGUUGAUUUCGUCGAGCGCGUCAGCAAGGUCUACGCCAUGGGCGUCUCCGGUCGGUGGGGGUAG